AUGGACCCGGCGGAUGUGCACAAGACGGUGUUCUGCACACAUGAGGGUCUAUACGAGUUUCUGGUGAUGCCGUUCGGCCUCUGCAAUGCGCCGGCGACAUUCCAGUCACUCAUGAACGAGGUGCUGCGCCCCUUCCUCCGUCGCUUCGUCAUCGUCUUCUUCGACGACAUCCUGAUCUUCAGCGACUCCUGGGCUGAUCAUCUCCGGCACCUGCGCGUCAUCCUCAGCACCCUUCAGCAGUACCAACUCUUCGUCAAGCGGUCCAAAUGUGCCUUUGGGGUCACCUCCAUCCAGUACCUGGGGCACAUUAUCUCGGCCGACGGCGUCGCCAUGGAUCCGGCUAAGGUGCAGGCAGUCCAUGACUGGCCACAGCCCCGCUCUGCCCGAGCUAUGCGCGGCUUCUUGGGACUGGCGGGGUACUACCGCCGGUUCGUGCGCGACUACGGGGCGAUCGCCGCACCUCUCACCGCCCUACUGCGCAAGGAAGGAUUUCACUGGUCCGCUGAGGCCACGGCCGCGUUCGAGGCACUAAAGAUGGCCGUCACGUCUGCACCGAUGAUGCGUUUGCCGGACUUCGACCAACAAUUUGUGGUCGAGUGCGACGCGUCCACGCACGGGUUCGGCGCCGUGCUCGUGCAGGACAAGCACCCGAUCGCCUUCUUCAGUCGACCGGUGGCACCUCGUCAUCGUUCCCUCGCGGCGUACGAGCACGAACUGAUUGGGCUGGUGCACACCAUUCGGCACUGGCGCCCGUAUCUCUGGGGUCGCCGUUUCCUGCCGAGGACAUUCAUCCUCGCCAUGUCGGCCCCGCGCUUCGACUUCAUCGAACGACUACGCCAGGCGCAGCACAUGGAACCGGCCCUGGUGGCGCUCCGCGACGAGAUCACGGCAGGCCAGCGGCCGGCUCCGUGGUCCAUCAUUGACGGCCUCGUCGCCUACGAAGGCCGCCUCUACAUCGCGCCAUCCUCGGCUCUCCUGCCGGAAAUCAUCGCCGCCACCCAUGAGGGCGUCUUACGCACGCUUCACCGGCUGCGCCGCGACUUCCACGCCCCCAAUCUCCGGCGCGCCGUCCAGAAGUUCGUCCGCGAGUGCACCACCUACCAGCGGUACAAGUUCGAGCAUCUACACCACGCGGGACUGCUCCAACCACUGCCGGUGCCGACGACCGUCUGGACCGAUCUUGGUUUGGACUUUGUGGAAGCGCUACCGCGCGUCGGGGGCAAAUCCGUGAUCUUAACGGUAGUCGACCGCUUCAGUAAGUACUGUCACUUCAUUCCGCUCGCUCACCCAUAUACGGCGGAGUCAGUGGCACAUGCAUUCUUCAACGACAUCAUCCGGCUGCACGGGGUGCCCCAGUCGUUGGUCUCCGACCGCGACCCCAUCUUCACGUUGGCAUUCUGGAAGGAGAUCAUGCGCCUCAUGGGGACGAAGCUGCACAUGUCCACGGCGUUUCACCCGCAGACGGACGGACAAACGGAGGCCACCAACCGGGUCAUCAUCAUGUCAGUGGCUCAGUCAUCGCUCAAGGACACGCCCUUCCGCAUCGUCUACGGCCGCGAUCCCCCGACGAUCCACUCCUACGAGCCGGGCGAGACACGGGUCGCCGCGGUGGCCAAGAACAUGGCGGACAGGGACAAGUUUCUGGCGGACGUUCGCUACCGCCUCGAGCAGGCCCAGGCAGUCCAGAAGCGGCACUACGACAAGGGACAUCGCGACGUCUCCUACGCCGUCGGCGAUUGGGUAUGGUUAAGGCUGCGACACCGUGCUCCGGCAUCCCUGCCGACCGUCACGCGUGGCAAGCUCAAACCCAGAUUCUACGGGCCCUACCACGUCAUCGAGUGCAUCAACAACGUCACCAUACGCCUUCAGCUGCCGCCCCGCGCUCGUCUACAUGACAUCUUCCACAUUGGCCUCCUCAAGAAGUUCGUGGGCGCGCCUCCGGAGACGCCACCGCCACUGCCGGCCAUUCAUCAUGGAGCAGUUGUCCCUGAACCAGAACACGCGAUGCGCGCUCGGCUGGCGCGUGGCGUCCGCCAGGUCCUCAUUCAGUGGAAGGGCGAGCCACCAUUCUCAACGACAUGGGAGGACAUCGACACCUUCGUGGAACAUCACCCAACGUUUCAGCUCGAGGACGAGCUGCUUCUCCGGGGGGAGAGAUGUCACGUGGGGCCGGCAAUCGACCGGAACAACCACCGGGCGAUCAUACCGUCCGUGCCUACGAGCUUCGAAGUCGAGGGCCAGCUACCCUUGGCGCCGACGCCCUUGACAGAGGAAGAGAGCACAGUACAUGUACAAUGCACGUACAUUACAACAGAGAGCCACUGA